UUUGAAAACCCCUGCUCUAAAGUUUUUAAAAACGGAACAGAAUCACUUUAACAAGUUAAAAAAAGAGUCGACUCUUUUUUUCGAAUCAUCCAGAGUAUAGCCGGAGAAUGGGCUGAGGGAACGGCGAGGGAGGAGGAACCGAAAGAGAGAAAAAAAAAAAGUUCAACUAAAAAAUGGCUUCCUUGUCUUUGGAAUCUCCUGAACAAACGGAGAAUGGAAGCGCUGAGGAGUCCGGGCAAACAGAAGCCCGAGUCAAAGAGGAAACGGACUCGGAGGAAGUUUCUGAGCGGCUCUUGGAGACCUUCCCCAAGUCCGCGCUCGGCUUUUCCAGUGAGCAGGUCGCCUGCGUGUGUGAGGCUCUGCUGCAGGCGGGCAACGUGGAUCGCCUGUGGAGCUUCCUGGCCACCAUCCCUCCUUCGUCCGACGUGCUACGUGGCAACGAGACCCUGCUGAAGGCCCAGGCCCUGGUCGCUUUCCACCGCGAGGACUUUACAGAGCUGUACGCCAUCUUAGAGAGCCGCGACUUCCACCCGAGCAACCACGGGUUCCUGCAGGACCUGUACCUGAGAGCGCGCUACAAGGAGGCGGAGAGGUCGCGGGGUCGCAGCCUGGGGGCCGUGGACAAGUACCGGCUGCGCAAAAAGUUCCCCCUUCCAAAGACCAUCUGGGACGGAGAAGAGACGGUAUACUGUUUCAAGGAAAAGUCGCGCAACGCCCUCAAAGAGUGUUACAAAGUGAACCGGUACCCGACUCCGGACGAGAAGAAAAAUCUGGCCAAACUUACUGGACUUUCUUUAACCCAAGUAAGCAACUGGUUCAAGAAUCGGCGACAGAGAGACCGAACUCCAUCCGGUACCAACAGUAAAAGUGAAUCUGAUGGAAACCACAGCACAGAGGAUGAAGCUAGUAAAGCUGAUUUGGAGGACAUUACUGACAGACCUGCUGCUCAAGAGGCUGGAGGCUCAACUGCUUCUCUCAUAUCCCUUUCUGGUGCCCCCUGUAGUACUGGAGGGCAGCUCAUUCUGAAUAACACAAGUGGAUUCCUUACUAGUCCUCAUCCCCUGUUGCUCAAUGGAAGCCCAUUACUAUCAGGGACUGGAACUGGUGUUAUCAUUAAUGGACUGGCUCUGAGCGAUGGCCACACAGUCACCCUCAGUCCUGUAACUACUAACACGCCACUUUUACUCAAUGGGGCUCAGGUUAUAUCUAAGGGUAGUGGGAGCAACAGUGUUUCAGAUGAAAACUGCAUUACCAAAAUGGAAACGCAAGCCAGCCUCACUAGCUCAGUCCCUGUCUCAUUGCCGGAGGACGCAAAAGUGACCAACGAUAUUGUCUCUCCAUUGGACUUCAUUACUGUUCCAGAGCCUGUGAAGGCUCAAAAUGGCAACCAAAUGGUUCCUCCCACCUCCAUAUCCACAUCCACAAUCUCUUCCACAGUGAUGACUCACACCUCCCUUCCUUCAUUAGCAUUGACUCAAAAUGGCAUCCUUUCUUCUGCGGUUCCCCCAUCUGGUGUGGUUAUUUCCAACCCAGCGAUGCCACUACAAUCCACCCAGCAACCUGAGCUUGUGGUGGUAGCAACAGCUGGUUCCCAAAUAAGCCCUACUUCUUCUGUUUCACAAAUGGCAUCUUCCACUGUCUCUAGCUCUCAGGUUCUUUCUUUGCCCCAGGUGGUACCAUCCAUCCAAGGUAUUCCAGUAUCUCAGUUAGUACAGCAUCCAGCAGGGACUCCAGUGUCUUGCCCUCAGUUGGUUCCAGUGUCUCCCAUUACCACUCAAUUAUCCCAGAGUUCUGCCCCUCAGUUUCCCACUCCCAAUCUGCAAAUUGGGCCUAGGCAUACUCAACCUCAGAAUGGAUCCUCUGCACUUGGGGAGAACACUGUUGUGUCUGUCUCCCAGGUGCCUAAUGGACAGGCUCCACAAGGGAUGACAGUUCAGUUAACAGACCAGUCCAGUUCAGCCACCACCCCACAGAUACAGACCCCACUGGGGACACAAGGCAUUCCCAUCUCCUCACCAACACAAGUAGUUCCUGUUUCACAGUCCAAGGACACGGGGCAGUCCCAACUGGUACCUUUGCCUCAACUCAUGCCUGUAUCCCCCAUUGCUGGAGCACCUACAGGGACCAUAUCCUUCCCUCAGGUAGUCCCAGCAGCACCCUCCUUCUCCAUCCCCACUCCAGGAGGUGCUUUCCAGAUUUUAACAUCUGGCUCUGGUGGAGGAGUUGCUGUGCCUCAGGGGGCUAUACGUAUAAGCCCCAUAGGACCUCCUCAGAGUGUGCCUUCAGCUGGUGCUAUUCCAGGUGUCCAGCUUCUCAAUUCAGGAGUGAUUCAACUUUCCUCUGCUUCUCCAGGUAACUUCCUCUUGGCAGGUGGCAGUCCAUUCCUGAGUGUUCAGAAUGGUAAACUCAUCCUCACCAUCCCAGCUGGUUUCCAGUUUACCAGUAUGCCUGUUAAAUCCAUCCCAGAAAAUCCAGGCCCAAGUGCUAGCAGCAGUAGUGGACUGGAACAAACUUCAACAGGAACUUCACUACAAAAUCAGCCAGUCUCCUUAUCCUCUGCCCAGACCUCUACUCCCUUUCAUUCAUCUCCUUUAAUUGGCUCAUCUGCGCUUUACUGUAAUCCUGAGCCUGGAGCCUUGGCGAACCCUACCCCAGGAGCCUCUCCAAACACUUCAGACCCUCCGACUCCAACCCCGACUAGUGUGCUGCCAUCCCAACAGACCCUCAGCCCUGAGAGCAUGCUGUCAUUCAGUCCCCUCAGCAGUGGUGUAGCCAGUGGUCCUCAUCUCAUUCAACCUGCUUGGAGUCCCAUGCCCUUGUCAUCUUCAUCUGGACUUACGCUGUUUGAUGUACGUGGGAAAGGCGAUCUACCUGAGGACCCGGCUUUAUUGGGCUUACCGGGUGGGGAGUCCCUGCUAUUGGGUACCCCCCCUCCAAGUGAUGAUAUACAUAGGGAAUCUCAUCUGGACGAUGUGGAGAUGGAUGGAGACUCAAAGAUUCUUACACAACUGCAGUCUGUCCCUGUGGAUGAUGAUUUGGGUUUGUAACUGUUCUUCUCUUGGGCUGUCUUUUAGAAGCCCUCAGACAAUCUUGACAUUCGGUCCACAGCACUCCAUGUUUUGUAUGAGUCGAUAUAUGGCAUUAGUGAUGGGAAUCAUGGUAGACUUUUGGGAAAUGAUGCCUAAUUUGUUCACUUGUAGAUUUAUGUAAAAAAAAAAAGGCCCACUUGUAGGUUUUGUUGGAUCUAGCAUCAUCUCCCUUUUGAGAUUCAUAGUAAACUGUCAUAGGUUGUGGAGGUUUUACUUCCCACAAAAACACAUGGGGAUUGUUGGCAUUUGCAGAGAAGCUUGGAAUGUCACCUUUUGGGCAUCUACCCAAAAAGCAGGGCUAAUUUUUUUUUUUAAAUAAUAUAAAUUAUGCAUCAUAACUUGACUUUACCAUACAAUCAGUUUUUAAUAGUUUAUGAGGCACCACAGUUGAUGUUUGCAAUGAAUCAAACACUCUAGUCAAUCACGUCAGUGCAGCUCAUUUAGAGAAGACACUCUUGAGCAGUUUAUUUGAAAGCAAAAAGGCUAGCUGCUAGUUUUGAACCCACACCUAUUAUAACAAAUGUAGUAAAUAAAAAGAAGCCGAAAUAGAAGACCAUUUCUGUAAUAUAAUCAAUUUUUAGCCAUUCUGCAAAACCAAGUUGUUCAUGCAGUGCAGUUUAAUGGGCAUUUUAAAGAACUUUAUUUCAAAAAUGAUUGUUAUUCACACUCUCUCACUCCUAAAGUCUGUCUCAAAGCAGGAUUUUUAGUUAGCUAGAUGUCUUUGAGGUUAUUUUGACCUCAUUCUAUCUCCUGACAGUGGUUCACUUUUUAGUCUGUUAAACUGCCAUAAUGGCUCAUUACACAACUAACUUGUUUUGUGGCAGAUUAGGUUCUGGAUUACAGAACAUACAGCUUUUCAUCUGUUAGAUAAAUGACACUUGUUCACUGAAGUAGGCAACUAAACUUUCACUGUGAAAAUGGUUUUAGCGUUCUUUAAAAUCUUAAGGAUUUAGACCAUGUAUUGUGAAACAUCAUUUUGCAUUCCAAGCGCGUUUAGAGAUUGACAAAAUCCCUUGGAUUUACCCGACUUUUUUUUUUUUUUAAAUAAACACAUCAGGUAUGUAGAAUUUCCACAGAAAUUGUUUUUGCGGUGUGAUAUAGCAAAUUCCACUCAUUGUUCUCAUUGUUUCAGUAUACAGGGGGCUGCAAAAGUAGGUAUAUAGUAAUGAAAAACAAAAUGUUCACACAAAACGUUAGUAUUAAAUGAAACCUAGCACCACUAUUAUAAUACUGAAAUAAUCCUUACUGUGUAUCCACUUUUGCAGCUCCCUGUAUUUAUAUGCAAUCAAUGAUUACAAGAAUGUUAGCAAAUAUACUGCUUUCUGAGCUCAUUAAUGUUCGUUUUAAGAUUUAUCUACUCUGGCCAUAAAAGGGGACUUCUACAGAAGUGCACUGGUAGUGCAAAAAGAACAUGGUAAUUUUCUUUAAUCACGGGUAUUGUUAGAGGAUCAUCAUGGUAUAAUCUGACACGUUAUCACACAAGAUUUGAUUGGGAUCAUGUCAUGCAAUGUGACCAGUAAUAAUCUUUUAAAGACCCCUGAAAUCACACCAUGUUAAAACAAGGUUUACUGAGGAACCUAGGUUAUUUUAAACCUGCUUUCGGCAUUUUUUUCACUCAGGGUACACAUUUGGAGAAAUAAGAUGUUAUGCAGGUGCAUUUAAAAAAAAAAGUCAAAUUUCUUGUAUUAAACUUAUGUUUACAUUAGUGUCAUCGGAUCACCACAGAGAACACUUUUCAAAUUUUGUUUCCAUGUUGAUUGAUUUUCAUUUUUUUAUGCCCUUUUGAUCUGUUUUAGGGCUGUUUUGGCAUGUUAUACUGUUCCACUGUACAUUGAACUAUAUGACGUCAUACAAAGUCCCACAUUUCUAGUGCAUUUUGUGCUAUAAGAUUGAUCUCAUCUCAUUAUCUCUAGCCGCUUUAUCCUGUUCUACAGGGUCGCAGGCAAGCUGGAGCCUAUCCCAGCUGACUACGGGCGAAAGGCGGGGUACACCCUGGACAAGUCGCCAGGUCAUCGCAGGGCUGACACAGACAACCAUUCACACUCACAUUCACACCUACGGUCAAUUUAGAGUCACCAGUUAACCUAACCUGCAUGUCUUUGGACUGUGGGGGAAA